CUUCCUCUCGCCGUCACAGUUCUUCCUGUGGGACGCAUAUCUCGUGUUUUUUCCACGGAAAUCAGACGCAUAAACGCAGGUUGGCGUGUUCAGCAAAGAGCCCCAAGCCAAGGAAGGUAUGCAAAUUCAACAGCCUGGGUGCACGCGACGUUGCCCGCUAUUAUCACUGCUGAAGCAACGAGGAUGGUGACAGAAGGAUGCUCUCGAAAAGGGGGAUGAUCGACCACGAUAAAACGCCACAGUCAACGCGACUCACAUUUCAACAUCUUCAGCCUGCUUGUUCCUCGUAGCGCACACCGCCUCGUUAUUGUCAUGGCACCAUCAUACGACGUGACACCAAGGUAUAUUCGAUACCUCACCCGGUGUUUCGACGACGAUCCUGUUCUGUAUCCUGGUCGUGGAUCGCUCACGUCCUGCCGGCGCCUUCGAAUACGCCUUUCCGCUAUGUCAAAUCCCAGCGUCAUCUCUCGACGAUAGUCCAAAUUCUCCCUCAAGACUUACUGCCAUCCACAUCUGUGAAGAUGCGCCACAACACUACCUAUGCCGCUCAAGUAUAUGCUAUAGCCUGACGGAUUUUGAUCGCGUUAGGCUCCCGCGCACAUAGCA